AUGAAAAUGCUAUUCAUACUUUCGCUUGCGGUCUCCGCCCAUGCUUUGGGCACUUAUUCGGACGAGUUCACCCGGCACUUCAUGUUUCCGUUGAGCGCAGCCGCCUAUUCGGAUCGACCAGAAAUGUGUAUUAAAACGCUGACUCGGAACGCAACGCUAUCUCGUCAAACUACAGUUUCAUGUGGAGUAUCCAACACCACCUGCUCUGGAUUUACGGCGGUAAUUCCAGAAGAACGAGCGAUAGUGUUAAGCUUUAGAGGUACAACAACAACCGCGCAACUAAUCGAUCAAGCAACAAAAAGCGCAUUCAAUAACUGGGUUAAAUGGAUGUUUGGAGGGCAUGUAUCGAGUUAUUUCGGUAAUGCAUUCGUAAAAGUUUGGAAUGGUGGAAUGGGUGCAGACUUUGUGAAACUUAGAAAGAAGUAUCCAAAUUUUGAAAUAUGGAUCACUGGUCACUCGCUUGGGGGCUCAAUGGCAUCACUGGCUAGUUCAUAUCUUAUAGGAAACCGUUUUGCUGAUCCACUAAGAACGAAGUUGAUGACUUUUGGUCAGCCGAGAACAGGAGAUCCACAUUUCUCGAACACUCACAGAGAACAGGCCGAGUAUGCUUUUCGAGUCGUGCAUUGGAGAGAUAUUGUGCCUCACAUCCUAACCGCCGGUUACAAACAUCACAGGCAAGAGGCAUUCUACAAAAGCGGCAUGAAACCCGGUGAUUACACAGUCUGCAAAGAUGACGAAUCGAAAGAAUGCAGCAAUGGCCUGUUCCUUAAAGCAAGCACAAGAGACCAUACGCAUUAUUUCGGGAAACAUGUCAGCACCUAUGGAAUCGAAGGCUGCGUUUAA